UUAAAACAGAAUAAAACAAACGCUACUGUUAUACGAUUACAUUACCACCACAACUCUCUCUCUCUCUCUCUCUCUCUGCAAUCCAUAAAUUUAAAAAACAUCAUUAUACUAUUCCCCUUUAUCAACCAUCGUCAUCAUCAUUAUCGUUAGAAGUGUUUUUUUUUUUUUUUUUUGCAUCUGCUCUGUUGACAAUACACAGUACACGCGUCCCCUCACAUCGUCCUAGAAAGACCCCUUCAAUCCUACAAAAUCAAAAAGGAAAAGCAUUAUAUAUCUUUUAUAGUAUAUAGAAAGAAAGAAAGAAAGAAAAAUUUCUUGGUCACCAUAUACCUACUUUCUUUUCUUUUCCACCUUUCACUAAACUUUAGAAUGCAUUAUUUUAUUAAAAUCUUCUUUUAAAUUUUAUUUUCCAGAUAUACCUUAACCCUGUGAUGCAAACUAUUAAAAAAUCCUUCAAAUCUUAUGCUUCUCAAAACAAUAAACAUUCUAGAAAAUUUUCUGCAGAUUCCGACCACGAACAACUCCCUAUUCUCCACGACCGCCAACACAGCAGCCGCUCUUUUCCUAUGGCCGGAGACGUCGUCGUGAAAAUCAACGACGACGGCGGUGAACCUUCCCAGGCCAAUAACAAGAUUUGGAGAGAAUCCAGCUACGAUUUUUGGAAUGACACCGGGGACAAUGUUCGUGAUGAGAGUUUUGAUUUCCGCAACAAAGCUAAGCUAGAGGAUCCACCGUCGCAACUAAUCGGAAAAUUUCUUCAUAAACAGCGUGCCUCCGGUGAUAUGUUGUUGGAUAUGGAUUUGGAGAUGGAAGAGCUGCAGAAUGAAGGUAAUGGCGCUGACGGAAAGUUAACGCCGGUUGAGGAAUCUCCCACGGUUAUUCAACGCGAGUUGAAAGUAAGUUUCGAGGAACCAGCUUCUAAUUCGAAUGGGAUUGAUGCCGUGGUGAACGAUCCUGUUCGGAGAAGACACAGCAAAGACUCGCCUUCAAUGGGUGAGUAUGCCCGGCCUCCACAACCCCCUAAUCACGACCGUCGUCGUUCUCCAUCACCGGCGGGUCAUGGUGGUGGUGAUUGUGAGGUUUUGAGGUGUUCCUCGAAUGCUUCGUUUGAGAGAAACCUCUCCAUGCAGAGAAAAUCAACGUUAAUGAAAACUAAAACUAAGUCCAGAUUAAUGGACCCACCCGAUGAACCUGAUAGAAGAUCUGGUCGGGUUGCUAAAUCGAGUCAGCUUUUGUCCGGGAUGAUUGGGAGGAAAGGUGAUGAUGAUGAAGAUGAUCCUUUUAUGGAAGAGGAUUUUCCAGAUGAGUAUAAGAAAACACAUUUUAGUCUCUGGAUUCUUCUUGAAUGGUUGAGUUUGAUUUUAAUUAUUGGUGCAUCAGUAACAACUUUUUGUGUUCCUUUGUUGAGGGAAAAGAAACUGUGGCAGCUUAAGUUGUGGAAAUGGGAAGUGAUGAUUCUUGUUCUAAUAUGUGGUAGAUUGGUUUCUGAUUGGGUUAUUAGGAUUGCUGUGUUUUGUAUUGAAAGGAAUUUCCUAUUGAGAAAGAGGGUUCUUUAUUUUGUGUAUGGUGUGAGGAAAGCUGUGCAAAAUUGUGUUUGGUUAGGGCUUGUUUUGAUUGCAUGGCAUUUUCUGUUUGAUAAGAGAGUUCAAAGAGAGACAAACAGUGAUGUCCUUCAAUAUGUGACUAAGGUUUUGGUCUGUUUCUUGGUGGGUACUUUGGUGUGGUUGUUGAAAACUCUAGUGGUUAAAGUUUUAGCUUCUUCUUUUCAUGUGAGUACAUACUUUGAUAGGAUUCAAGAGUCACUGUUUAAUCAGUUUGUGAUCGAAACACUCUCAGGUCCGCCUUUGGUGGAGAUUCGAAAGGCGGAAGAGGAAGAGGAAAGGCUUGCUGAUGAGGUUCAGAAGUUGCAAAAUGCUGGUGUUAGCAUACCUGCUGAUCUAAGAGCUAGUGCCUUUCCUAACAUCAAGAGUGGAAGGUUGAGGAGUGGAAUGCUUCAGAAAAGCCCUGUGGUUAAAAGUGGCAAGUUUUCAAUGCCGCUUUCCAAGAAAUCUGAUGAUAAUGGGAUUGGGAAUGGUGGUGGUGGGAUAACUAUUGAUCACCUGCACAAGCUGAAUCCAAAUAACGUGUCCGCUUGGAAUAUGAAGAGGUUAAUGAAUAUGGUUCGGCACGGGGCACUUACUACAUUGGAUGAGCAGAUACUUGAUUCUUCUGCUGAUGAUGAGCAUGCCACACAAAUCAGAAGUGAAAAUGAGGCUAAAGCAGCUGCUAAGAAAAUCUUUCAGAAUGUUGCUAGGCGCGGCUGCAGGUUUAUAUAUCCUGAGGACUUAAUGCGUUUUAUGCGAGAAGAUGAGGCUAUAAAAACCAUAAAUCUAUUUGAAGGAGCGUCUGAUUCUGGGAAAAUCAGCAAAUCUGCGUUGAAGAACUGGGUGGUGAAUGCCUUCAGGGAGAGGAGAGCACUUGCUUUGACAUUGAAUGACACCAAAACCGCAGUGAAUAAACUUCAUCGAAUGCUCAAUUUCUUAGUUGCCAUUAUCAUACUGGUUAUUUGGCUCUUGAUAUUGGAAAUUGCUACUACCAAAUUUCUUCUUUUUGUGAGCUCACAACUUGUCUUGGUUGCAUUUAUAUUCGGAAACACAUGCAAGACUGUAUUUGAAGCAAUCAUAUUUUUAUUUGUAAUGCAUCCAUUUGAUGUGGGAGAUAGAUGUGAAAUUGAUGCGACCCAGAUGGUUGUAGAAGAGAUGAACAUCUUGACCACCGUAUUUCUGAGAUUCGAUAAUCAAAAGAUAACGAUCCCUAACAGUGUCCUUGCUACUAAGGCCAUACAUAAUUUCUACCGUAGUCCUGACAUGGGAGAUUCUGUUGAAUUCUGUAUCCAUGUAGCUACCCCACCUGAAAAGAUUUCACUCAUGAAACACAGAAUACAUAAUUUCAUUGAUAACAAGAAGGAGCACUGGUAUCCUUCACCUUUUAUAGUCUUGAAGGAUCACGAACAAUUGAACAUGGUUAAAGUGGCGAUCUGGCCAACUCAUAGAAUGAACUUCCAAGACAUGGGAGAAAGAUAUAUCAGGAGGUCUCUUCUUAUUGAAGAGUUGAUGAAGAUUUUCAGGGAUCUCGACAUUCAGUACCGUCUCAUGCCUCUCGACAUUAAUGUUAGAGCUUUGCCUACCACUUCUGACCGUCUUCCAGCUAGUUGGACAACAAUCACAAAUUGAGUAGAAGGGUGAAAUCCACCAUGUACUUAGUAGCCUCAUGCUGCGUGGCAUUAUGUGCUCCGAAGUGUUACAUUUUAGCAGGGUAGGCUUUAUGUAAAGAGUUUCUUCUGGUUAUUUCUGUAGAUUAGCUUGAUAUCUACCAAGGUUAGUUUUUAGCUGAUAAAUCAAAGAGUUUCUAUUGGUAUUCUCACACAGUUUUGUUUAAAUAAUGAGUAUUAGUUGAUACCUCUUAUCCUA